GCGGCGCGUUUCAACCGGGGACAGUCCCGUUGAGUGGAGCGGCAGCACGGUCGGACAUUUUCAUCCUGUGACGAAACAAAUACAGCAAAAUAAAAAGAAGAAGAAGAAGAAGAGGAGCAGUAUAAAAUAAACAAGUCCUUCUUGUUUGAGGUCAAAGUUCAACAGUCAUCAUGGCCGACGAAUCAGACAUGCGCAAUGAGCUGGCGGAUCUGCAGACACGCGCAGACCAGAUAGCCGAUGAGUCUCUGGAGAGCACUCGGCGUAUGCUGUCUCUGGUUGAGGAGAGUAAAGAUGCCGGCAUCAGGACUCUGGUCAUGUUGGAUGAGCAGGGAGAACAACUGGAGCGCAUCGAGGAGGGGAUGGACCAAAUCAAUAAGGACAUGAAGGAUGCAGAAAAGAAUUUGAACAAUCUAGGACAGUUCUGUGGUCUAUGUUCAUGUCCCUGUAACAAGUUUAAGGGCGGGGGCCAGGCCUGGGGAGCGAACCAGGAUGGAGUGGUGAACAGCCAGCCGGGGGCUCGAGUGAUGGACGAACGUGAACAGAUGGCCAUCAGCGGGGGCUUCAUCCGCAGGGUAACAGAAGACGCUCGGGAGAACGAGAUGGAUGAGAACCUGGAGCAGGUGGGCGGGAUCAUUGGCAAUCUGCGUCACAUGGCCCUGGACAUGGGCCAGGAGAUCGACACCCAGAACCGGCAGGUCGACAGGAUCAUGGAGAAGGCCGAUUCUAACAAGACCAGGAUUGACGAGGCCAACCAGCGUGCUACAAAGAUGUUGGGCAGUGGCUAAACUGCAGCGAGAAAAAAAAGUGCUUUCAUCCCCGUUUCACCCCAAUCACCCUGAAGAAAACAACACCAACUAACCUAACCCAGCCCCCCCCCCCCCCACCCAUCACACCCACCGACGCCCGGCGCCCACUUCCUAUGCUCGACAGCCGGUGCUGCAAAAUCAUGCUUUUAUUGUGAUAGAGGUUUGCACACAUGCACAUAUCAUACAUUCCUCUCCCCCCCCCCCUGAUUAUGCCCAUCACUUCCUUCCCCUUGUUGUCUUGUUGUUCUGUGGUGUCGCUGAAAUCUUGUGAACAAAUAAUAGUUCUGUUACACUUCAUCCACUCAAAGUGUCUCCACGCUGUACAUAGCGCUUCUUAAACGGCUUCAUCGACUUAGAUCACUUGUUCCUGUUUUCUUCAUCGCUCGUUUAUUUUAUUUAUUUAUUUUUUUAAGUCUGUGUGUAAUAUAAACUGUAUGUACACCUUGUUCCAACAUGUCCGUCCCCCAUCAUAUCAGUGUCCCGGCGUUGUCCAUGAGAGACGUGACGCGUGUUCAUCAGUUAGGGUGUCGUGAUGCUACAGGAUAACGCCACAGUGAAUAUAGUGAACAUGCAGCCCUCACAGCUUGAAGCCAAGGCCACCGUUUCAAUAACCACCAAGUCACUUAAUGUUGACGUGGAGCCAUUCGGAUGAUGACCGCUAAUGAAUCAACUCUUAGAUGGAGCAGUAUUAAUGCAAUUCGAUGCCAUUGAUUGUAUAGUGUUAAACCUUUUCUUCAGAGAGCUAAAUCUCACCAGUCUAAAGCGACAGUUCGUUAUUGAACUGAUUUGUUGAAAUCCAUAAAAUCUCAAUCUAUAAGACCCUAAGCGAACAUUUUGCAUUCGGCUGUGGUCUGAACAGCAUUGUCGAUGGGACAUUUUGGGCAUUAACCAUAAUAGGUAACAUUGUGAUUGAUGAUAAGAGCAGGUGGAGCUUUGCUAAAGGUCACGGGUUCAACAGCAAGGAAUUCAACUGGUAGGAACGUCUUCACAUCCCAGGCCGGACUGCUUUACCCAUGACUCAACCCCAGCAGUAUCAAGCAAUCCAUUAAGUGUGUUAUGCAUGUUCAUCCGCUGCUAGAUGACACUGAAUUAUUAAUUUAUUCAGACAGAAAUAUCCUGACAUGACAACCGCAUGCUACAUAUGUAGGCCGCACGGAAGAGAGGAGCAUAUUUAUCUGCAGUAGUGUCAAUCUUUUCGUUUCGUGUCUCUUUAACCUUUUCUGAACUGUGACCAUCAUUGGAAAAUAAUACCUUGGAAAAUGCCAAUAAAACCAUCAUAACUGUCGAUCCAAA